CUCCCAAUUUCACCUUCUUAUUCUCUUUCAAUUCAAAACGCAAAUCCAAACCUCUCUCCAUGGCUGCCUCCCUUCAAUGCUCUUCUUCCACCCCCAUCUCAAGCCCUAUGCCCAACCAGCCUUCUCUUCUCGUCUUCUCAGGAAUUAGCUUGAUGCUGCUACUGCAGGUGGUACUGCAUUUAAUGGAGUUGUGGAAGAGCUUAAGAAUUUAACUACUCGUAUUGCUCAUGUUCUGCCUGUUUCUGACGAUGGAGGCAGUACCGCUGAGAUUGUCCGUGUGCUUGGUAUAUUUCAUUAACUUAAAGGUUCUUCUUUUUUGGGCCUUGAUCAGUAAUGGGAACACAUUACUGGAUGCCAAAGAAGGUGGUCCUGCUGUUGGAGACAUUCGGUCAAGAUGUUUAAGAUUGUCUGAUCAAAGUACUGCUGAGGCUCUUGCCGUCCGAAGAUUGCUUGGUCAUCGUUUACCUCUUGAAGCACCUCAAGCCAAGUCAGAAUGGUAUGAUAUUGUAGAAGGAGAACACCCUUUAUGGACAGGUGUAUCAAGACCAUACAGAGAAACAAUUCGAGCUUUUCUUGUUUAUUUCCAAAAUGAGGUACAUUUCCCAUUUUACAUAUAUCUUACUGGGUUUCUGCCUCAUCUGAGAAUAAUAAACAUUGGGAAUUUUUUCUUUGCAGGAGCACGCAUAUUUUUUCAGUCAUUAGAUGCUGCAAUAUUUUUGUUUUCACGUGUUUCAGAAAUUCCACCUGAAAGUUUGGUCCUCCCCGUGAUCUCAACAAAUGACAGGCUUACAUUAGGAUGUGAAUUAUGGGAUGGGACUGUUAUACGGGGUCAGAAUGAAAUUUCUCAUCCAACCAAUGGUACCAUGCAACCUGUCAAUAAGGGAUGUUCUUCAAUUCCAGUGCUUCCUUCGAGAAUGAAGAGGGUGUUCUACAUGUCAAGUGAGGGUGGAAAUUCACUGCAUGAGGUCUUUCCUGCAGUUAACUCAUCUGUGCUGGACCAAUUGAGUAACGUGGAUUGCAUUGUUUAUGCUAUGGGGUCCCUCUUUACUUCCAUUUGUCCAUCACUGGUUUUACGUGGCGUUGGGGAAAUUAUCUCUUCAAGAACCUGCCCGAAGGUACUUUUGCUGAAUGGUACGCAUGAUCGAGAGACGAGUGGCUUCUCUGCUUCUUGCUUUGUAACUGCAAUUACAGAUGCUCUAAAUAGAAAAUAUGGAGACCCUCAUAAUUGUCUAGAAAACUCUCCAAGUCAGUAUAUCAAUACACUUUUAGUGCCCAAAGAAGGUGAAAUUCCCAUAGAUGUUCCAUGCUUGACUUCCCAAGGAAUCUUUGAUGUGAUCUUUGUUGACUCUUUUCGUGAUCCCAAAGUCGGUAUAAUAUUUAACCCAAAGUCAUUAAUAAACGCAAUUGCCAAUGUGGUAGGCUGACACACGAACACAAAUGCCAUGCAUAGCAGACUAAAAUUUGACAGCAGAAAUGGAAUUUAGGAAGCGUAACCUUCGCGUGGCAAUGAAAUCAAUUGAGUGAGAUGUUUCUUUCGAGAUACAAGUUCAAGCAAAUCAGAUAUGAGAUCUUGUCAGCAAAUCAUGAAGUCUUGUACUAGUUUAUUCUCCUAAUUGUAUGCGUAAUUUCUUGUUAAUCGAUAUCAAUGUUUGAAAGUGUCGAGCAAUUCACAGGUAGAUAUUUUGCACUUGUGAUUUCAAUUCAUAUGGUCUUUGAUUCCAUUCCAGGACAUAUGAGGGAUAUUCUAUAACAUCAAUGCAACUUUAAUUCAAGCAA